CCACCCACCUGCUGCCACCCACCUGAUGCCACCCGAGAUCAAUGAUUUAUUGCCCGGGCCGACCCGGCUAAACGUCAUUUUCACGUUGAAUUUCCUCAAAUGUAUUCAGGAAAGUCAUACCGUUUAUCCUUGAAGCACCCAUGCAGAAUUGCAUCUUGGAAGGUUGAAGUUGUAAAAAUGUCAUCAGAAGAAGCAUCAACAUCAGAGUCACGUGGACCUGUUCCACAAUUACCGGUUGAAGUAAACAAGGACCAAGAUUCAGGUGACCGUUCUCUAGGGUCUUUGGAAAUACCGGUACCGGUCAACAAGAAAGAAUGCAAGAGGCCUACACUACUUGUUAAGAGGAAGUUAAAUACAUCGAACAAGAAGAACAACAAGAAGAAGCAAAAGAGGACUGCGUCAACAUGCGAGCCAACGAAUGUUCAGGAAAUAAUAGUAAAAUUGCCCCGAACGGUACCAGAUCAAAUCACUACCUUCAGAUACAAGAAGCUGAGUAAGGGUCUUGUUAUAGCUGGACGAGUCAGAGAAAUUAAUUCAUCUGGACUUGUCAUUUCCCUCCCUGGGAGGUGUCAAGCUAACGUGGACAUAAAUAAGAUCUCGACGCCCUAUACCAAACAACUAGAGUCUGGCGAGGAUGUUGCAGGCCUCUCAGAUAUGUUCCAAAUUGGUGAAUUGGUUACUGCAACAGUUGAGACAGUAAAUAAGAAAAAUGGCAAAUUCAAUGUGUCCCUCAGUCUAAAUCCGUGUGAUGCGAACAAAACAUUCAAAAAGUCAACACUUGAAGUGAAUGUUCAAUUGAUUGGUGCAAUCGAAUCCAAAGAAGAACAUGGCUACGUUAUUGAUGUAGGAAUAAAAAACGUGUCUGGGUUCCUACCAAUAAAAAAAGUUGAUCCACAGGCACUUCAAGGACUAGUGGUGGGAAAAUUAGUGCGUGGUGUUGUCACGCAUAUCAAAAGAUUACCAUCUUCAGCAUUGAUUCUCACUCUUUCCAUAAAGAAAGAUAUCUUCUAUACAGCUCUACCUAGGAACGGCUAUUCCAACACCAAUUUUAUACCAGGGACUAGUAUCAAAAUCCAAGUAUUGGAGGUGCUGCCCGAAGGUCUGGUUGUGAAGCCAGUGAAAUCAAAUGAGGACGUGACCGGCCAUGUAAACCUGAAUAACUUGGCCAACUGCUGGGAUACAAUAACCCGCUUCAAGCCGUCCAUGGUUUUCUAUGCAACUCUACUAUACACCACUCCACGUGACAACAAGUACUUCUCUCUGUGGCCACAGAUCAAAAAUGUCAAUCCCGACAUAAUUUUCCAUGAUGGUGCACUAGUCAAGAAAGCUAAGGUUUCAUCAUUGGCCUUCGAUGGAACUAAUUUCAAGCUGAGCUCGGAUGAGGUGAAUGUAAGAGGCGUGGUUCCCAUAUCACGCAACGGAAGCAAAGAUGAUUUCGAAGUGGGAGAAAUGCAUACUGUAAGAGUAAUGCAUUAUGAUUUCAUGGAAAACGUCUACAUAUGUUCAAUGAAACCCGACGUGUUAUCGAUUAAAGUGUACACAGUGAAUGAUCUGCAAGUUGGCCAGGUCGUUGAGGGAAAAAUGAUAGGAGAAGUCGCUGGGAAAGGCGUCAAUUUGCGAGUCGGAAAAGUGAAAGUGUUUGUACCACUUCUUCAUCUCACUGAUUUCCCGAACAUGUCUCAGAAAGACAAUGUACUGUCUCCUAUCUGCAGAAUGAACAACGUAGUGGAAGGAAAAGUACUUUGCAAACAGGAAGACAAUAUUCUUGUUACACUGAAACCGAUGCUGGUGAAUGCUGCUGCGCUGUGCAACUAUUUUGAUGUGAAAGUUGGUGACUGCUACUAUGGAACUGUAAAUUCAAAGGAUGAUCGUGGCAUAGUCGUUGACUUUUACAAUCAUGUCACUGGCUUCAUCCCAAAUGACGAAAUCCAACCUAAUAUUCUCAAACGUACUUUUGUCGAAGGGCAAUCAAUAAAAUGUUAUGUCAAGGAAGUGGAUCCAGUAAAUAAAAAACUUAUUUUGACUUUGAAGCCUUCAAUCCUCAACAAAGGAUAUUAUUAUGGAUCCCGGUAUCUACUAACUGUGAUUGAGUGUAAUGAUAAAGGUUUCAAAGUUAAGGUCAGAGACUACGAAGAAAUUGUGGGACUUGUUCCAUUCGAACAUCUUACAGAUCAUUUAUCGCUCAUUGAACCACUAAAAGAGUAUUUCAAGGCAGGAAGUGAAAUGAAGGAUGCUGUGGCUUAUUCCAGCAAUUUUGAGUCUGUCCCAUUAUUUUCUCUAAGAAAAUCUGUUCAAGCAUUCUUUGAGAUCUAUGGCCAUGAUAUUACUACUGGCAAUUUGCAUUUGCAUAAGGAUGUGAUCGUUCCUUGUUCUGUUACCGAGAUAAAUGAGGAUGGAAUCAAAGUUGAUGUUUGCAUUCCGAAUUUAAGACCCCAUACCAUACUUAAGAAGAAUAUCAUUGGAUAUGAUGAGCAUGUUUUGAGGUCUCUUUCUGUGGACCAAUCAGUUCUGGUAUUCCCAUCAGGUGAUCAAGGUGAUCUCCAGUUGAAGCUCAGCAAAAGUACAUUCUAUGAUACCACUGAGGUUGGAUAUGGAAUCGACUUGUUUCUGGACUAUUUCAAAUUAUCAAACCUAUUACAAAGUGUACCUCUUGGUGUAAGAACCGAAGGUACUGUUUUAAAAAUAAAAAAGAGGAGCGUUACAGUGAAAUUACCAUCCAUGAACUGUGAAGCAAUCAUCAAUAAAAAAUUUUGCAAUGAAAAUUUGAAAAUAGGUAAUUUCAUAGAUGUGACUGUUCUAUGGCAGUCACCAGUGACUAAAAUUGUCCGUGCUCUACCAUUUGAACCAACUGAACUACAGCCAGCACGUUAUUCAGAAAUUAUAAAUGGACCAAUUCUUGAUGGGCAACCAAUUACUGCUAAAGUAGUAUUGGUUGAAAACGAGUUCGCGAUUGGUAACAUUUUAGAAGGGCUGUUAAAAGAUACCAUUGCUUUUUUCCCAGUCAAAUAUCAUUUAAAUGACUUGAACCCGCCAAAGUUGCAAUUUCGCACAAUCGUCAACAUAAUUCCACUUCUACAUGAAGAGACUUAUGUUAUCGCCAUCAACGAAUCUAAGUUCGAGGAGGACUCGCAAACGACUGGUAAACAGGAGGAUAUAUUAUCUACGUUGAAUAAUGUCAAUACAUAUUUCAAUAAACGUAGGUUCACUUCUUUUGCAAAACAAAAACUUCCCGGAAUGAAUGAACCGAAACUUGAUAAGGGAACGCCUAAUGUACAGAAAGAGAAGGAAACACCGAUGUUUUGUGAGUUCAAUUGUGGUUCAGAAAAGGAAACUCGGCAACAUUCACUAGUGAGGAGAAAAGAAAAUGAAACUAAGUGUGAAAGUUGCAAAUUGCUCAAGAAAAAGGAGAGUGAGGUGCAUGGUUUUUUUGUGUAUCAUUCGUGAAUCAUUUGUUAAUGGAAAUCAAGAAUCUGAAUCUGAAGCGGAAAAUAAAUCACCCCAAAAGGAGAACAAUAAGAAGAAAUAUUAAAUUGGUUAAUCUACAAAUCAAUUGUACCCCGUCUCCCAUCCGAUUAUCAAAGUUUUCAUUUAGGAAAGCUCAUGGUUCCAUAAUUAGGGGGCGCUCUAUAUUGUCGUCAUAUCAACUUUUGUUCUUUUAUUCUAAGCAUCUCUAGAUAAUUAACAGAAUUUAUAAUACCCUUAAAGAAUCAAGACCCAAUAAUAUUUUUGAAAAUCCUUGCCCAUACGCAAACGCCUGGGGCAGAACAUUAUGUUUCCAAUAUUAAAUGAGGAUUUACAGAAUCCCAGUAAACACAAUAAAUUGUGCCUGUUAAUUCUUCCAUUCAUUCUUGAAAGUCGCUUCAUCGUCCCAAAAGGGGUCAGCUUCGCAGCGGAUGAAGUACCUAACUCUCACACCUGUCCGGAUCAUCUGUUCAUAAAGGCUGUUCGGUAAACUUUUUUUAUUUAAAUUGAAUAAUAUUUUUCAAUAUAAUUGUUAAGAUCAUUUAUAAGAGUGAGAAAAGGUGGCAUCUGAAAUUUUUAAGUGGUCUAAUAAGCGAGUUAUGGGUUGUUGAAGUGCUAACUCCGUUUUCUUUCCAGAUCAUAAACGGUUUCGAAUUUUCCAUUGCAGUUUUUUUAAUACAUUCAGUAUAUCAUUGGCUUUGUUCUUAUAUGCGUUUUUCCACGAUCAAUGCCAAAAUAAACAAGUUAUCGAAUUUACAAAAAAUGUUACUUCUUUAUUUAUGAACGAUAUGGGGAAUAAAAUGUUUUAUUUUGGAAAGAUACAUUUUUUGAAUCUUCAAGAGAAGU